CGCCAACGACGAGCGGCGAUUGCUUUGAAUGUGAGUUUAUGCCACACAGCAGCGUAAUGCGAUUCUCAUUUAGUACGGUGCGUAAACCCCUCGCGAAUGGAAGCCUUUUCGAACUGAGGCGCUGGUCAAACGCAGUGAACGUGACACCUAAGCACAUAUCAUACCACUACAGCACAGCAAAGCACAACCAAGUGAUUUUUUUUUGGUGAAGAGGAAAAAUUAAAUUUCACGCUAGUUGAAUAAAAGAUUGUGAAAAGGCCGAAAUCAAUGCAUGAAAACGCAUUGGAAAUGUGCAACGAAGUGAAAUUUAGCCGAUUUUCAACACGAAAACGUGUGGAAGGAUAGUGAAAUUCGUUUUUAAAACGUCUAACUUUUUUUCGGCAUUUACUCGCUUUGGCUCUGGUUUUGUAAAGCGUGUAGUAGAGCAAUUUCAACUGUAAUAUUGUAGUACUUUUAUGCUAGAAUUUUCGAAAUCACCAAAAAAUGUGAAACGAGUGUGAAAAGUGAAUUGUAAAUUGGAACAACGAAAGGAAUGAAAUUAAAUUUCUAAAGCGAAAUUCAUUUAACAAAAACGCGAAAAAAGUUGAGCAGAAAAUACGAAUGUGUGUGAAGCAUGAAAAAGGCCAUUAAUUUUCGAAAUAAAUAUCUUUCGGCAGUGAUGUGAAUACAUAUGAAAAUUUGUGUGUGGAAAUUUUGCUGGAGCAUUGAAUUUUUCACCGCUUGUACGCAGUACACCCACUAAACUAAAACAAAUUACAUGUCUCUAAAUGAUUAUAAAUCAACUAAAAACACAUAUCGGUUUAUACAAUAAUAUUAUAUAUUAAAAACAUUAAACACACAUAUACAUAUAUAUAAGAACUAAAGUAAAAUUAGUGAAAAUAUUUUCGAACCUUUUUGCUGAAUGUUCCUUAAAAAUAUGGGCAAAAAGCGAGUGGGUCAAGUGCUGACAUCUAAUUGGGUACAACAGUCCAAGGAUUACAGCAUGGCGAGCAGGUGUGCGUAAAUUACAACUCGACAAAACAUACAUAAGUUUAUAAAGUGUGAUUUGAAGUGUGAGUGUGAAAAUUAUUAGAGGAAAAUAUAAAGCACAUAAGCGAAUAUAUGCGUAUUUGUGCUCAGUUGAAGGCGUUGAAUAAAAAAAUACCUUGAAAACACAGUGUAAAACACAUAAAAACCGCACAAGUGCAACAACAAAGAAAAAAAAACACAACAAACACCAUCCGCAAUACCACCCGCUGUGCAACUAAAUAUGAAAAUUACACAGUUCACUCGUUCACAUUUUUCGCUAGUUUGCUGCAUGUGAAUGGUCGCGCACACAUUUAACUCACAUUUACGCAUUACGUAUACGCACCGGUGAGCGUGGCAUUACAGACGGGCCAGUGCGUGUCGAGUGACAAAAGGUAGAUAAUAAACAACGUAAGAACAAUAAAAACAAUCAAAUAAACAGCAGGCCAAUAAAAAUACAAUAAAAUAGCCAACAACAACAACAAAUAACAACAGCUAACUAAUUAUCUACAACCGUGUAUGCCUAGUGUUGGAUAAUGACAAAAAUUGCCCAACAACAAGCAUAACACGUAGCAAGCAACGAUAAAUUGAAAGCAAAAACAACAACAGCAACAAUUAGCAGCUAAAGGCACAACAAAACAUCAUCAGCAACGCUUACACGCGCUCGGUGUCCAAAAGGCCUACUGUCUAUGAAAACAAAGCAACAAUAAGAGGCCGUAAAUAAAGCGUCAAAAGCAAUUUGCCAAAACUAUAAAAAGCGCAUAUCGCGAAAGCGCCAACUGACAACAACAAAAAAAAAACAAUAUAAACAUACAUAAAUAUUGCAAAAAUAGUGUUGUAGCGCAUAUAUUUAAAUUAUCAAAACAAAAAAAAAAAAAAAAAAAAGCCAGAAGUCAUAUCCACACACAAACACUUCCGCUUUCGCCGCGACACGCGACGCUACGUCCUCAUAAUGGAGCGCAAACAUUUGGGCGCUUUGGCGCUUUGCUUGUUUGUUUUGCUGUUUAAGCUAAAUAUUUUCGCUGUGGUCGCCGAACAAGAUGAGGAUAUACCACAUAAUGAAGUGCGAAACUGGGCGCUUAAAUUUGGUGUGGAUCUCUGGGAGUUCGGGCGACAGUUUACAAAAAUGAAUGAAAUAAAAAAUCGUUUUAAGGACAGUGACAUCGAAGUAAAGCGAAAGGAUGGCAUCAUGUUGCUGCGCGAAUUGGCAGCUGAGGUGAAAAAUUUCAUGGAUUUCAAACGCAACGCUGUAAUGCGUAUUAUGGACUCCGCAGAGCAGGCCGCUCUCUCCGAGUUGGAAUCACAGAACUCUCACAGUACUUCCGCGACGAUAAACAAUCAGCACUACGAUGCGCGUCGCAUUAACGAAUACAAUUCGGAUGGCAAAUUGGCGGAUGGCGCACGGCAUAUGGACAUACGUUUUAUGCGUCGUUUUGAACGAUUGCCCGUCAAUCUCAGUCUCAGUUCCAUUCUAGUGCCGAACUCUGUCUCACUUGAUGAGCCUGAUGUAAAGUCAGCACUACAAUGGAGCGCACAUCUCGAUCCACUCUUUCAAAACAAUCUCGAACGCGAUCCAGCACUCUCGUGGCAGUAUUUCGGCUCAUCAACUGGUUUCCUACGUCGUUUCCCCGGCACUGCUUGGCCACCGGAGGGUUCAAAGGGCAGCAAACAAAUACAUGACUUCCGCGCACAAAACUGGUUCGUGCAAGCCGCAUCGUCACCGAAGGAUAUUAUGAUUUUAUUGGAUUCAUCGUCGAGCAUGUCGGACAAGUCUUUCGAACUCGCUACGGCUACAGCUUUUAAUAUACUUGACACGCUAGGCGAGAAUGAUUUCGUCAACUUGAUUACCUUUGCGGAGGAUGUCAAAACGCCGGUGCCGUGCUUUAAGGAUCGCAUGGUACGCGCCACCCCAGACAAUAUACAGGAGAUCAAAUCCGCCGUAAAGGCAAUUAAGCUAGAAAACAAUGCUAAUUUCACCGCUGGCCUGGAGUACGCGUUCAGCUUGCUGCACAAGUACAAUCAAUCGGGCGAGGGCAGUCAAUGUAAUCAAGCCAUUAUGCUCAUCACUGAGAGUACGUCCGAGACGCAUAGCGACAUAAUCAAGCAAUAUAAUUGGCCUCACAUGCCCGUACGAAUUUUUACCUACCUAAUCGGUUCCGAUUCGAGUAGUCGCAGCAAUUUGCAUGAAAUGGCCUGCUCCAAUAAAGGUUUCUUUGUACAAAUCAACGAUAUGGAUGAUGCACGCAAAAAGGUUAUCGACUAUGCACUAGUAAUGGCACGUCCCAUGAUAAUGUACCAGGCCGAUCAUCCAGUACACUGGAGUCCCGUCUUCGUUGCCGGCAAGACUGGUGGUUUGGCACGCGACUCUGACUACCAGCGCAGGCUGGUGACGACAGUUUCAACUCCGGUCUUCGAUAGACGAAACCAUUCGGUGCGUGUGGCGAAUUUACUCGGUGUUGUUGGCACCGAUGUGCCCAUCGAGGAGAUACGUAAGAUGAUACCGCAACAUAAAUUGGGACCGAAUGGAUAUUCGUUUAUCGUUGAUAAUAAUGGGCGUGUACUGUAUCAUCCAGAUUUGCGUCCAUUGAGUGAUGGUAAUCAAUAUAUCGACCAGUUGCGGCCGCGGUACACGUCAGUCGACGUAACGGAGUUGGAACUGCCGGAAACCGAAGUGGGUAACGAGCAUGAAAUUGUCGAAAUGAAUAAGAAUCUCUUAUACGAUAUGCGCAAUGAUAUGCUCAUGCCCAAGGAGGGUGAAACCGAAUUCACGGUAUUCAAUCAUUUUGACGAAAUGAAACGAGUAACGGCGCGUACACAAAGGUAUUUUUAUGGACCUAUUGAAGAUACGCCCUUUACCUUAGCUGUUGUACUCCCUGAAAAAUAUGGCAGCCACGAAUUGGUCUCCCAACAGGAAAUAAGGCACUCGCGCAGAAAUGUGACCGAGUACUUUAAGGGAGACAAUUGGCGCGUACAUCCCGAUUGGGUGUAUUGUGAGUACAAUAGUGUUAGCGAUUUAGAGAAGGAGCGUGAAAGCUCUGGCGAAUAUCUCUCAGCCUCACGUGAACAAGAAUUAAGUUUCGGCUCACCGGAAGAGCAGGUUUUACAUUUCUUGGGACGUGCAGGAAGGCCAGGCUGGAAGUGGAUGUCGGUGCGACCGAAACCACCGCAACCACACCAUGCCAUGCAUGGCGUGACACCUGUCGGCCAUUUUGCUCAGCAUCUAAAUAACGUGCAAGGUUCUCGCAAAGCCGAACCCUACUAUUGCGAUCGAACCUUGGUACAGAGUUUAGUGCGUGAUGCUAUGGUAACAGAUGGUCUGGACCGAAAUUCAACUGGAACGUCCAAUGGGAAGGAGGAUAAACAUCCAAUAGCCACAUUAAUGGCAAUUUUGAAGAGACAAGGCUAUCAAAAGUUUUUGGUUGCAACGUCUUUUGUGGCCACACGUUCGGGUCUGCUGCGUUGGAUUGAUCACAUCAAGAGACCUGAAGACUCGCCUGAUCCCCACUUCAGUGAAGAUAACGCACGUGCCAUGGAUAUGCCCUGGUACAAACGCGCCGUCGAUCAGCAUACCGUCGAACAAGAUAGCUUUGUCUAUAGUGUACCAUUCGCCAAUGGGUAUGCACCCAAACUGAAUACGACGCUUGUAACCGCAUCGCAUGCCAUAUUUGUCGAACAUCGUGGCCACAAAGCUAUAGCUGCGGUCGUGGGACUGCAAUUCCAGCUGGACUCACUUGCGAAGCAUUUCAUAAACAUUACCUCAACCUGCACCGGCAUGACAGGCUGUCGUCGCACAUGCGCUUCCGAUGAUCUGGAUUGCUAUGUUUUGGACAACAACGGCUUUGUGAUUAUCUCCGAACAGAGUGAGCAAUCAGGCAAAUUUUUUGGUCAAAUCGAUGGUACCAUCAUGGAUUCCUUGGUGCAGGAUCGCAUUUACAAACGUGUCACGGUCAAUGAUUAUCAAGGCGUUUGCUCUGACUCUGACAAUCCGUAUACGGCUGCAAGUACUUCACUACAACCACAUCGUGUCUCUACUUUUUUAAUGAAAUAUUUGGUAUCGUUGAGUGCCACUUGGUUAUCGCUAUUACCAACACCUUUAAACGCAUGGCCACAAGAUGAUUACACCUACAAUGAAGAUGUCUUUGAGGAACCUACAUAUACAGAUGAAUACGAACCCUUCGAGGAUUACAAUGCACAGAUCGAUGAGGAAAUGGAUGAAUUCUUCACCACCGCUGAUGUGGAAUACACAACACCAGCCCCUAAGCAACAUAAGCCACACACCGGACCACGCGCCUCUCCCGACCCUCAGCAUGCACGCCGCUGCGACCUGCGUACAGAUCUUUAUAUGCUGCAACCAGAGCGUCUCAAUCAAGGCGGUCAAAACAAUCCGCUUAAGGGCAAGCUGACAAAUUGUCAUGUGUCGGGUUGUGAACGCCCCUUUAGCGUACAGAAAAUACCACAUAGCAAUUUGAUAUUGUUAGUGGUGGAUACCCUAUGUCCUUGCGGCUCCAAACAGUUGGACAUUGAACCACUUGAGGAGUCGGGUACUAUUGGAGCCUGCAGCGCGCGUCGCCAAUCGCAGGAGAGUACCAAGCGUCGCCGACCCAAAAAAUGCAUCAAUUAUCAUCCCGAGGAAAUUGAGAUACAGCAAUGUGGGCGUGCCACAGCACUGCUGCAAGCGCCCGUCUCGAUCUUUGUAGCGCAUCUGCUUAUGUUGGUGGUGACAUUUACGCUGACAAACGCGUGAUACUAAGUGCAGUACCACUAAGCCACUAAACCACUAAACAUCACAAGCUACAGGUCAAAAAAGCUCUACGCAUAGGUGUAGUGAAUAGUGUACUACAUACCAUACAAAUACAGAAAUGAAUGACUACGAGAAACAACGCAAAAAUACUUACAAUAGUUAUGCCAACAAAAAUUCAACAACAAACCCACUAAUUAACACAACAAAACAAAUGUAUUUACGAGUAUAUUUUAACAAUAGCAACAGUUUUGUCUUAGAGUAUUCAUAUAUUGUAUUUAUAAGUAUGAGUAUAUUAGUAUGAUUGUGCAAAAGUAGGUUUUUUCAGUUUCGACUUAGACAAAUAUUAAUUCUAGAUUGAUUUUUAAGAGCGGAAAGAAAUUUUAGACGAUUCAAGCCCCGGAAUACAUAUACAUAUAUAUGUACGUUACUCAAAAACCAAAUUUUUUUGUUUCAGAACUAGAAAAGUUUUUUCUUCUUAGAAAUAAAAGAAUCUAGACAUACUUUUGAGUGUAAAAAUUAUUGGUUUUGAAUUACUGUGAAAGUCAUUUCACAUCUUUAUUUCAAAAAAUUAUUACCGUUAUAUAAGUAGUAUGUCAAUAACUUCCCAAAUUGAUUUUAUAUUUCAAUAGUAGCUAUAAGUAUAGCAACUAUAUUGUAGAAAACUCUACAUUACAGACAGUUUCUUUAUAGUAUACAGUAUUCUGCACAUAAUCGAUCUGCUGCAGGCAAACCAAGAACAAUGUUUUCUAGGUAUAAUUGCUUAAAAUCUGUGUGAUUACAAAAAUGUACUUUCACUAUGUCCAUUUAAUGCUACAAAAAUCAUUACAAGGAAGUAUUUUAUUCAAAAAAAAUUGAAACAGAAAUUUACGUUUAAAAAAAAAGAGAUAAAUUCUACACAUUCCUGUGGCAAUAAAGAAUAUACAUCAAAAUUGACUUUAGACGGCAUCCACUUAUAUCUACCACCUUAGCAGUCCAAAGUUUGAACCAACUGAACAAAAUAUUGAUACCUGAAAUUGUAAAGUCUUUUAUCCCGCGGCUGCAACUGUUAUUAAAUAUGUCAUAGCUGCUGUCAUUUAUGUGAUUCAAUUUUGAACAUGACAGAAGAAAUAAUAUAUAGGUAUGUCGUAACAUUUCAGUUUCAAACUGGCUUCAAACGGAUCACUUCGUUUAAAAUCGCACUGGUAUUCGUAAAACAUAAAAUUAUUAUUUAACCUUAAAGUACCAUAUCAGCAGAAAGUUCCAUUUCUAAAUUGACAAGUCUUGAUUUGGUAUCUGUCAAAUGGCAAGCCAAAAUAAAAAUUGAAUUGUCAAACUUUGGAAAGAUACCUCCAAUUGACUAAUUUAUUGAGUACAAGGUGUAUAGAACUAAAACCCGUUUCAUGUGGUCAAAAAUUGUUCGAUAUUCAAAGUUAUUUACAAUUAAGUAGAGAAUAUUGUACCUUGAGCAUAUAUGGUAUGUGUUCUUUAGAGCUUCCAUUUUAAAAGUAAUUAAUGAGGCAUUUAAAAAGAAUUAAGGAGCGAGUUGCCUUUCCCAAGAUUGUACUUAGUUUUUACAGUAAAGAUGAGAUGCAUGUUUUCCGAAAUUACUUCUUAUAUCGCUCCAACUAACAAUGGAGGGCAAUUUCAUUUCAUUGUAUUCUAAUUCUACCGCAUAGUCUACAGCCUUGAAUUCAAGACUAUCACUAGAAAAAUCGUUGAAAUAACGUUUUCGGUAAAAUCUUAAUUAUAUUGGUCCUAAAGUAGUCCAAGAUGUAUUAAAAACACCAGCAUGCUUUUAAUCAUAAGUAACUUUCGAAACUCCUUGUCCGUAGAUAUAAGUAUUGAAUGUAAGGCUGUGUCAAAUAUUGCGAGUAAAGCGCUACAGACUUGCCUGACAAACUCUGGAAUUGCCAAGAAUGAUUCCAGGAACAGUCACACCUUGUAUGAAAAGCAACUUUCGAAAGUGAAGUAAUAAAUACUUUCAAAAAGUAACUUGCAAAGCAAGUGCUUUCUCGCUGUUCAAAUUAGCAGGUGUUUGCAGCUUGCAGCUUUCACUUAACAAUUUUUCUAAUAUCGCUCUAAAAUUUUCCACACGUCUUAUUAUCCGCAAGAGGCUGCCCAUUUGUCGGAACCGUCGCUAUCGGACUACUAUAACAUAUAGCUGCCACAUACAAACUGAAUGAUCAAAAUUAAAUUCUUGAAUGAACAUUUUUUUUUAUUUUAUGAGAUAUUUUCAUGAAGCUUAGCAUGAAUUAUUGUUUGAGACAAAGCCACAAAGUCUAAAGACCUUUUCCGUAUGGGACCACUAUAUAAUAGCUAUCGUACACACUGAUCAAAAUCAAAAGAAACUUCUUUAUUUGUGAAGGGUAUUCUAGCUGCAGUGCAACUGAAGUUAAGGUUUUUAUUUUUUUUUUUAUUACCUAGUAGGGUGCAACAAAUACCGCACAACCCAAGCCAAAUGUAAAAUUAAAAAAUACAAAUUUCCGCUCUAUAUUGUAUAUUAAUUUUUGUCGAAAGCAAACCGAAGUGAAUUUCAUGAUAUUGAGUAAUUAAAUGCAAAUGAUGAUUAGUAAUCAUAAUUUGUAAUUAGAAUAUUUUUUGUAAUUAAAUAGAAAACAGUGGAAUAAGUUUCUUAGAUGCCUCCUACUAUAUUAAAUUUGCAUAUAAGCUAGGUCGUAGUUAAAUUGAAAAACAAAUAAAAAAACGAUUUUGUGUAAGUUGGUAGACAAUAAAAACUUAAUUUAAUUAAAAUAAUUUAUAAAUUCAUAAAAAAUUAGAUCCAAUUAGUUGUAUUUAAACUCUUGUUAAAGAACAGUUAAGGUGGAGCAAGCAAACUUAGUUUAUGUAAAUUAGUAAAACAACAAAAAAAAAAGAAUAUCAAUGACCAGUAAUGUUAAUAUGAUUAGUAAUAAUUAGCGGGAAAAUUAUAUAGACAUAUUUAAAUAAGUACAGUGGUACUAUAACGUAAACGCGUAAAAAAAAUUACUCUAAAUUAAAUUUGAAUAAGAAUUAUUCGUUAUUGCAGAUAUAUUUAUAAAUUUGUGAUUUAUUUUGUUUUCAUAUUUUUUGGAGAGAAAUAAUUGUUAGUUGUUACAUUGCGGUGUCAUAUUUUAUAUAUGAAAUUUUAUAUCGUAAGCCAUAUAAUUAACACAGGGUUGCAAAUAAAGCUUAAAAAGACAUUUUAAUUAUUAUUUUUUUUUUCUUUGUAAUUGCAAAAAUCUUCAUUAAAAAUAAUUUUUUAACCCUAAAUACUGGAAUAAAGAAAAUAUUUAUUCCAAAAAAAUAAAAAUAUAACUUUAAAUCCUUAUCCCAAAUACCGGAUUGAAAGUAAAAUAAUAAGAAUUAUUAAAGAAAAUGGUUUUAGAAUUUUUAUUUUGCACGUUUGGGUAUAUCGUGUUUUACCGUGGUUAUCUUUUGAAAAUAAAAGCUUCUUUUUUGUAAAAUAUCAACAUAGUUUAGCUUUUUUUGUCUUAUCUAUAUUUAAUUAUUUUAAUUAUAGUAUUUCAGUUGGACAUAUGAAAAAUCGUUCCCUUUUAUCUCUUUUCAUCCCAGCUUUUAUUUUGAAAAAAAAAA